AUGGAUGCUGAUUUCGCCUUGUCGGAGCAAGACGUACUCAUCGCAGUGAUAGGUGCUACAGGGAGUGGGAAGAGCACUUUCAUAUCAGCAUUAGUCGAGGAGGACAUCGGUAUUAGCCACAGCUUAAUAUCAGCUACCGCCACAUGCAGGGUCUAUUCCUUUCGUCAAUCCGGGGGAAAUUUGGUAACCCUGAUCGACACUCCGGGCUUCAACGAUACUGGGCUUGAGGAGUCGGAAGUGUUACGAAACAUCGCUUUCAUGUUGACCCGGACCUACCACCGUGGGAUCAGGCUGUCGGGCAUCAUCUACACGCACCGAAUCACAGAUGUCAGAGUUGGUGGGUCGGGAAAGCGGAUGAUGAAGCUUGUCCGAAAUAUUUGUGGUGAAGAAGCCUUCCCUCGAGUGAUUCUGGCCACGACAAUGUGGCAAGCUUUGGACACCGACCGCACGGCUUAUGCUCAAGCAGUCAAUAAUGAAAUAGAGCUACAGUCCACUGAAUAUUUCUGGGGUGCCAUGUGCGAUGGCGGCAGCAAGUUGAUGCGCUGGGACGGGAGCCGUAAGUCGGCGACCGCCAUGGUGGAUUUCCUGUCGCAACUCCAAGCACAAAAAGGUAAAGUGACGUUACAAAUUCAGAAAGAAAUGGUGGACUUGCACAAAGUUCUCAAUGACACCAUGGCUGGGUGCACGGUGAACAACAGGAUCACCGAGCUUACCCGAAAACUCCAUAGGGAGAUGAACGAGGCUGACCUGACCAUUGAAGAGCCGAAGUGGCACCAGGAUACACAAACUCGGGAUUUGGAGACUGUUCGAGGCGAGUUGAAGUGGCAGAUCUGCGAGGCAGAGAAGGCCCAAGAUGCCCUCAAGGUUAACUAUGACAUUCUCUCGCGCCAAAAAAUCGGGGAGUGUGAAGAGCUGUUGGGAAAGCUCGACCGAGAAUUGGUUAAGAAAGAGCACGAAGCGGCCCAGAUUGAAUGGGAAGAGCCCUUAGACAAUGACGGAUCUCUGAACGAGUUGGAAUACAAUAAAGAGCGACUGAAGCUGCUGGAUGAACAAGUCGAGAAUCUGAGGUCCCUGUCACAGACAGCGGAGCUCGAACAAGUCCUAGAAUACCGUGAACGGGUUAAGGAAUGCUACCUGGAAUUCUGCAAGCAGUACGAAAACAGACAAAUGGCUCAGGGUCUGAGAUCUACAGAGCUGAUGUCUCUGCGUGGUGAAGCGACACAGCUGGAUAAGAUGCAGAUGGCCUUGCGAGGGUUUGUAUUUCUGGCAGGACUUGGCUUAACCGUCGCUGGUGCAAUCACUGCAAAUCCACCACUGAUAACUGGCGGGAUAUCUCUCGCAAGUAGUUCAGUGAGUUCUAUGGCACGUGGGAGAUAG